GUUUUACACGUUAAGGGAAAUUUGACAUGGAAGCUAAUAAAACUACUUGAUCAGAGUCACAAGUAGUGUUUAUAUGAUUUGAUUAUCCAAAGUAUAUAACAACAAUUGAUCGCAGAUGAUCGUACCUUUAAUUAAUAUCUCAUCAAAUCUGGGUGUGUGUGUUUGUGCUAUAUUUUGCAUUCAUGAAAAGCCCAAGAAUUUAAAAAGGCCUGGGUCAAUAAAAGUAAAAACCGAGCCCAAACCAAAAUAAGAAAAAAAAGAAGAAGAAGAUGAGGAUAUAAAUAAGUAAUAGAAAGUUUCCACUUCUUUCACUUCUCUCCCGCUGGCAACGGGGAAAACCCAAAAGUCUUAGGAUUAAAGCUUCCGCUUCUUCCACUUCUCUGCCGCCGGAAAUGGGGAAAACCCAGAAGCGCAAAGCUUCCGCUUCUCCCUCCACUGAAACGGGCGAUGAUGCACUGAAAAAGAAGCAGAAGAUACGUGAGCCCAAAUCUCAGGAGGAGAUGAGAAAAUCUUUCAAAGAAGUGAAAGAUAUAUGCAAAAAUAUCAGAGAUUUGCUGAAGAAAUUACCCAAAAAAACCGAUGUCCCUGGCGUUUUUGCCAAAUGGCAGAAAACCACCCAAUCUAAAUGGUCUAAAUCAACUCACCUAUAUUCUUGGAAUAAGAAUGAUAUUCUUGCCGGUCAGUGUGUUCAAACUGAAGACAACUGUUGGGCUAUAUCAUUUUACAGACAGUGGUAUGCACUCAUGAAGAUUAAAGGAGUUGCAGGAGCCAAUUUAACUAUUGAAAAGAUCAUGGAUGGCGUUCCCCUCUUUUAUCAAGCUAAGAAUCGGACAUUGAAGUCUAUACAACAUCUGGUGGAUUUCAUGAAAAACGAGGGGUACGUGGAGGAAAUUCUUGUUCAUAACAAGCCGGAAGAAGAAUCUCAGAGUGAAGAUUUUGAAGGAUUAGUUGAGCGUCUAUUGUUAGAUGCACCCUUGGUGGUUGAAAUUGAUCAGUUCCCAAGUUAUUUCACGUCCCAAGGAAAGGAUUUAUUGCAUCCAACAUCCACGGAGCUAAAGAGACAAGCAUAUGAGGAGUAUCCUUCUCAUCUUGCGCUGUUGACUGGCCAUGGGUAUCUUUUAGAGGAGGGUAAAGAACCGUUGGAGUUUUGGGAGUUGUAUGAUUCCUAUGGUAUCGAUUGGGGAUACAGUGGGCUCACAUGGAUUCUAAAGGGUCAUGGCCUCAUCAAAUCAGCUUACGAAAUGAGGGUCAAUCGUCAAGAGUGAAACAUUAACUGAUCAAUGGUGAAGGCGAGAUUAUUUAGUUGUUUUGUAACCAGGAACAUAUUAAACCCUGAUUUUGUUGAAUAUAUUUUGCUGGAAUGACCCUCGUGUAUUUAGUAUGCUAUAUUCGUAUUAUCUAGAAAACUCGGCAGCUUUCUACUGCAAAUGGGCUUCAACAUA